UUCUCAUUCAUAGACACAUUGUAUUCACAGGACAUACUAUGAAGAAUAUUUUUACAAUCUAUUUUUAAUCUUACGCGCAAUUUUUUUCUCCGAAAUAGGCCCUAGGCCCUAGCACCUAUUUAGAAAUAUUGCUAAAAUGUACUAACUACGAUGCUCAAGUUAACAGGUGUUUAGCGUAUUGAGGGUAGUCGGAAAACAUACACAAAAACUACUGUUGGUGAUGGUGCCACCACGCACUGACCUCUAUAUUUUAUUUCAAAGUAUAAAAUUAUUAGAUCGGUCUUAGUGCGUCUCCGGAAAUAUAUAUGUUUUCAAUCACCUAAAAUGAGAUUAAAUCCACGUAUUCUAUCGUCAGUGGCAGCGUUUGCAAUAACUUGUGUUGUGUACGCCGCGGCUUAUUAUUACAAGAGUCGGAAUACUGCAAUAAACGAAGUCAUGGUAUUUUGUAAACUGCAAUAUAAUGCACACAACUGUUUUGAUAAAUUAAUGAGUUACGUAGAAUCAGCUAAAUCAAACGUUAACGUGUGCAUGCCUGGUAUCCACAACGCGGCAAUUCAGGGACGAUUGAUUAAUAUAUUAAAGAAGAAAAAUAUCACAAUUCGCAUCAUAGUCGACCAGCAUAGAUGCAACGAGUCGAACGAGUUCUUUAUAAAGGAACUUAAGGAAGCGGGAGCUGAAAUAAAAUACAAAAUCACAGAGCCAUUCAAGAUGCAACACAAAUUCUGUUUAGUUGACGAUCGAGUUCUGAUGACAGGCACACUAAACUGGGGCAACGAUCGUUCCUCAGACCACUGGAACUAUGUUUACAUCACCAACAAAUCUCAAUUAGUAGAUCCAAUUAAAAAAGAAUUUUAUCAAAUGUGGGAUGAAUGUUUACGCGAUUUAGGGCAUGUAAAUGACAAAGACAACGAAAAUGUACUGUGCGAUACAGAAAAUAACCAAAAUAUAGAGGACCAAACGAAAUCGGAAACGAUUCUUCAUGAUACUGGCACGCCUGAGGUCUAUAUCAUGUAAAUCAUGUAAAUUGUAAUAGUUUAAAAAUUUUAUGACAUUUUGUCCGACUAGAGAGGUACUGUUUCGUUAACUGUAUAGUUAAUAACAUACAAAUAUCUCUCGAAACGUUUCUUUUACAAUUAGUAUAGAUGUGAAUUUUAAGGCCG